AUGGCGGACUCUGAGCUCGCAGAGGAACUGGAGAAGUUCACGAUCUCUCCCUCGAUUCCAAAAGAGGACUCCGAGCUUAUUGACGACCUGCACAAGCUUUCAAAGAAGAACCCCAAACUAGUGAAGUCAACCGAGUAUGCGGCCCCUGCGGAUCUCAGCAUCAAGGUGCACAGCUGGAAGAUGAACGAGUUCAAGUACUAUGAUGUUCCUUCCCCGUUUCCGACCCUCGCCCGCGGUUUGUUUACACAAGAGUUGGAUGCGAGUUGUACAAAACACCGGAUCGUCGCAAGAGGAUAUGACAAAUUCUUCAACAUUGGCGAAGUUCCGUGGACAACGUGGGAAUCUCUCAAAACACAUACGGGUGCACCGUAUACCCUUACACUCAAAUCGAACGGGUGCAUUAUAUUCAUGGCCGCGCUUACUCCUACAAAAUUGUUAGUUACAUCGAAGCAUGCACUAGGUCAUUCUAAUGCUAGCGGGGACGCAGAGAGCCAUGCUCAAGUUGGCGAGAAAUGGCUUCGCAAGCACCUCGCAGAUGCAGGAAAGACGGAAGAACAGUUUGCUGGGACGCUCUGGGCUAAGAAUUGGACUGCUGUAGCUGAGCUGUGUGAUGACUCCUUUGAAGAACAUGUCCUGCCUUAUGGCCCAGAGAAGACGGGCCUGCACUUACAUGGUCUCAAUGAGUCCUCGAAGCAAUUCAAAACCAUGAAUCAGGACGUGGUGGAUGCAUUUGCCCGGGAAUGGGGGUUCAUCGUCACGCACUCCCUCGUCCUGCAGUCUAUUCCCGAGGUCAAGGAGUUCACGGAGGCGGUCGGAAAGUCCGGCGAGUGGAAUGGCGAGGCACUCGAGGGCUUUGUGGUGCGCACGCGCGUCAUCGAGCCACCGAUAGAGGAUGGCAAGCCUGUUUCAGCGCCGCCAUAUCGCGCCGGGUCAUCGUUCUUCUUCAAGGUCAAGUUUGAUGAACCGUACAUGAUGUAUCGUGACUGGCGCGAGAUAACCAAGACGUUGCUGGCGAAGGGAAUAAGCAAUGCAAACCUGCAUAAGAGCAAGCUUCGCCGUCCGGAAACGAAACUAUACGUGAACUGGGUCAUUGACGAGAUUAAGCGUGACAGCUGUCAAUUUGAGGGCUAUACCAGGGGCAAGGGCAUCAUCGCGACGCGCCAGCGAUUUUUGAAGUGGAGAGAAACUGAAGCCGGGAGCACGGCCGCAAUCGAGAUGGAAAAGGCGCCUGAAGAGAAGAAGCCCGGAGAGGAAAAGAAAUUUGGCAAGACAAUCAUCGUGCCUAUAGCUGUUCCUGGCGUUGGUAAGACAUCAAUCGCAGUCGCACUAAGUUAUUUGUUCGGUUUUGGGCAUACGCAAAGCGACGAUAUCAAGAUAAAGAAGGCCGCACCCGUCUUCAUCAAGAACGUGAUAAACUUGUUGAAGACGCAUGACGUAGUCAUAGCGGACAAGAACAACCAUUUGAAACAGCAUCGCCAGCAGCUGCGAGACGCAAUUCGCGACUAUGAUCCACCAGUCCGACUCAUGGCUUUGAAUUGGUCGUUCGACCAACCGCUCUCGACGGUCCAUCGUAUUUGCGGUGACCGAGUUGUAUUCCGCGGAGACAAUCACCAGUCCCUGCACGCGAACAUGGAGACAAAGGCGCACGAGGAUGUCAUAUGGCAAUUCAUAAAUCGGGCUGAUGAACUUGCCGACGAUGAGGUGGACGUUUCGGUCGAGAUGGACUGGGAGGAAUCGCUUGAGGACGCCCUCACACGCACGGUUGAUGCCUGUGUGCGCACCCUAGGCGUCCCGAAGCCGGACCAAGAGAAAAUGGGUGAGGCACUGGCCGUAGCGCGUGGCUAUGCGCCAACAACGAAGAAGCCAACAGCGGAGAAGACCAAGAAGGCGCCGGCCGUGCGUUACUUUGGCCUUCUGGCUGAGGUGGAUCUAGUGGAUGUAAUCGGGCGUAGGCUUGCCGAGGCUGACACUCCUUCGGAGGGAAAGAAAUUCUGGGAUGUACUACUUAGCAAGAAACGUGUCACCCCACGUCCACACAUCACCAUUGUCCAUUCAAGAAACCUACCCGACCAGAAGCCUUUAUGGGAACAGUGUAACGCUCUUCAUGCACAGGAAUCGUCGCCUCUGUUCCGCUUCCGUCUCGGGCAUGUGGUGUGGAACGACCGGAUUAUGGCUGCCACCGUGCUGGACUUGGCAGUCUCAACCAAUGAUACAGAUCCCGAUCAGACAGGAAUGGAUUUUGUCUUGCAGCUCCCGCACGAGGUGAAAGACAGGAUGCACAUUACUGUGGGCACGCGCGAUAACGACGUCCCCCCUGUAGAAGCCCGUGAGCUCGUGUGGGAUUGGAAACAGAAGGAGGGUGCGCUCAAGGGCAUAGAAUCCGUGGAAUUGAAGGACGUAUGGGUGAAUGGGAGAGUAAGGGGUUUGAUCAGCUGA